AUGCACCGGCGUGCGGCUUUGGAGUUAUCCCGCCGUCAUGGUGUUGAGUGGACUUGCGCCGCCAGGCACAGAGAUGUUCCUUUCUCUCCGAGAUUACCGUACCUCCCCCGGCGGAGCUUUCGUUCUUCCCUCAUAGCUUUCAACUCGUCCGAAUCCUCUCCGUCGAAUACAGGUAGCGAAGAGGGCUCCAAUGUUGCGACCCCAAAGCCUAAAUUUGGCGCUCGUUGGGGAACUAAACAAGCACAGAAGCCAGCCGGUCUCAGUCCAGCAGAACAAGCGAUGCGAGAUGCCCUACUAGCGAAGAAGGCCGCGGAAGAACAAGAGCAACGACGACUGCAAGAAAAAGAACUACGUGGAUCACAGCGUAGAGCGGAAUCGCGGGUUGAUUGGAACAGACCUCCAAGGCGACAGAACAGACGGCGUCCUUUCGAAGAUGGAGAAAGCCAAUCCCUGCAGCCUGAUAAAGGUUUAGAGGUGAAUAGCAAAUAUGUACCGAGAAGUCUGCGUGCCUCGGACUGGAUCUGCCCGGACUGUCAAUAUAACUGUUUUGGGAAGCAUCAGACUUGCCCAUGCUGUAAAGCUGUGCGACCAGAUUUGGCUUGGCCGUCGUGGCCAUCCAAGAAUCCGGCGCGGAAAAUGGAGAGAACCCGCAAGGCUGAAACGCGCAAAGCUGGAGCUUCAGAAGAAACCUUGAAAAUCCGGAGGCUGGGUCAUGAGAUGCUGUCCGAUAUGAAUCAAGAACAUGGUGGUUCCGCAGCAAUGACCAGACGGGACAAUGCCAUUAGGACAUUUAUGGCUAGUAAGGGAAAGCCAGUGGGAGCGCGGCUUGUGUAUGAUCUCAAAAAAGAAGAGGAAGAAGCGGAAGCUCGAGAAGAAAGGAUUGCCGAGCGUCGUCGUGAGCGACAGUCCAAACCGAAGCCAAAGAAACAAGAUGCUCCGGUAGACCCAUGGUCCUGGGAUUCGUCAUCGCUCAAAUUGAAUGAGGAUGGCGACGUCACUCAUUCUGAAAAGGCCUCGAAGCGCCGGGAUAUCCGUAGGGAGCGACAAUCCGAGGCUGAUGAGGAUGACGAGGAAGAAGCUGACCGCCGCCGUCGCCGCGAGGAACGCAAACGGCAGAAGAAAGAAAAGGCUCGGCAAAAAGAGUUAGAGUCGGCCUCAAUUCCACUGUAUCUACCGGAGUUCAUCAGUGUUAGCAAUCUUGCUGAUGUCAUCGGGGGCGUCACAUACAGCCACGUUCUUGACGCCGAGACCGCCGGCCUUGUCGCAGCCGAAUACAAUUUCGAGCCCAUUUUCGAAAGUGCAGAGGAUGAAGACCUGGUAUCUGCGCCUGAGCCUGAAGACAAGUCCAUUUUACCCUCCAGACCACCGGUGGUGACCAUUAUGGGACACGUUGAUCAUGGCAAAACCACUAUUUUGGAUUGGCUUCGAAACUCGUCCGUGGCCGCUUCAGAACACGGAGGCAUUACACAGCAUAUCGGUGCUUUUUCCGUGGCUAUGCCCUCUGGAAAGACCAUCACAUUCUUGGACACUCCUGGCCACGCUGCGUUCCUGGAUAUGCGUCGCCGCGGUGCAGACGUCACUGACAUUGUAGUCCUCGUAAUCGCGGCAGAUGAUAGCGUCAAGCCACAGACAAUCGAGGCAAUCAAGCAUGCCACGGAAGCCAGGGUUCCUAUUAUUGUCGCUAUCAGUAAGAUUGACAAGGAAAACGUCAAUCUUGAGAAAGUCAAACAGGAUCUUUCUAUCCACGGUGUACACGUCGAAGACUACGGCGGCGACGUGCAAGCGAUUGGAGUAAGUGGUAAAACUGGUCAGGGUAUGUUGGAACUCGAAGAAGCUAUCGUCACGCUUUCGGAGGUUCUCGACCAUCGAGCGGAGGUCGACAGCAAAGCUGAGGGAUGGGUGAUUGAGGGCACAACUAAAAGCUACGGCCGUGUGGCGACGGUGCUCAUCAGACGUGGUACACUACGGCCGGGUGAUAUCAUUGUCGCGGGCACAACCUGGGCUCGUGUACGCACUCUCAGGAAUGAGGCGGGCGUCGCAAUCUCCGAAGCUACUCCCGGCAUGCCAGUCGAGGUUGACGGUUGGAGGGAACAACCGUCUGCUGGGACUGAACUUCUUGAGGCUGUUGACGAGCAGCAAGCCAAAGACGUCGUAGACUAUCGACUAGACAAAACCGAGACUCAAAAAUUGGGCCAGGAUACCGUGGCGAUCAACGAGGCACGGCGUGAACUGCUCGAGAGGCGCCGGCAGGAAGAAUCCGAGGGCAAUGAGGCUGCUAGUUCGGUCCAGGAGACAUCUGGCCCUAAACCAGUACAUUUUGUCAUCAAAGCUGACGUUGGCGGAUCCGCAGAGGCUGUCCUGAACUCGGUAACUGCAAUUGGCAACAACGAAGUCUUUGCUAAUGUGCUCCGUUCUGAGGUCGGACCAAUCAGUGAGUUCGACAUUGAGCAUGCAGCCUCUGCCAACGGUCAUAUCGUCUCCUUCAAUAUGCCCAUCGACCCUGCCAUGUCUCGCAUGGCAGAAGUUCGAGGGGUCAAAAUCAUGGAUCAUAACGUUAUUUACAAACUCAUUGACGAUGUCAAAGCAAUCUUAAGCGAACAGCUACCUCCGUCGGUGAGUCACCGUGUCACUGGAGAAGCGGAGAUUGGACAGAUAUUCGAGAUUACGCUCAAAGGAAGAGAGAAGACAGCCAUUGCCGGAUGUAAGGUACGCAAUGGCAUAAUUAGCAAGGCCAGGAAAGUACGAGUAAUACGGGGCCAGGAAACAAUCUUUGAUGGCUCUAUCAAUUCCCUCAAGAACGUCAAGAAGGACGUGACUGAAAUGCGUAAGGACACCGAAUGUGGUAUCGGCUUCGAAGGCUGGACUAGUUUUGCUGUCGGUGACCACGUUCAGUGCUAUGAAGAGAUCUACGAGAAGAGAUACCUAUGA